AUGUUGGGCCGGCUGCUGCUAACUAUCGAUGCCCUCGGCAUAUUCCACAACGCUCAGACAGUCUUCCUCGCCAUAAUCCUGUCCGGGCUGACGCUCUACUAUACGUGGCGGCGGGCGAAGACGCCCGAGCUGCGCCGCGAGUUUAUCUUCAUCAGCGCCAUCACGGGGUCUAUCUAUUGGAUCGCGGGACUCCUCAGCAUCCUGCCUCCCGGCACCAUGGGUGUUGAUCCCGAGUUUGGCGGCCCGGGUUUCCCCCAGAGCAAGAUAUUCGUUGCCUUCAUGGCUACUGGUCUGCUCGGUGCUUGGAUAGAGUAUCGUUGA